AUGUUACAACAAUUCAAUACGCAUAUUAAUUCAUCUGAUCAAUCAAAUUCAUUAUGGAAUAAAAAUUUUCAUACAAAUACAUCGUUAUUAUUUUCAUUUAUACUUUUUUUUGCUUAUGCUAUUAUAUUUCUAAUUGGUCUUAUUGCAAAUAUAUUCGUUAUUAUUGUCAUUAUAAAAUGUCGACGAAUGCGAACAUUAACAAAUCGAUUUUUACUUAAUCUUGCUAUAUCUGAUUUUCUAGCAACAUUAAUUUGUAUACCACCAAAUGCUUAUCAUUAUUAUGAUAAACGUUGGAUAUUUGGUGAAUUUCUUUGUCGAUUUGUCCCAUUCAUGCAGGGUGCAUCCGUAGCCGUUUCAAUUUUUACACUUAUGGCUGUAAGUGUUGAUCGUUUUAUUGCUAUACAUAAGCCAAUUCAUUCUAAAUUAUUGUGUACAUCAACAAGAGUCUUUGUAAUAAUUGGAGCAAUAUGGAUUGCUUCUUUUCUUCUGAUGAUUCCUUUAAUAGUACAUCAUCGAAUAAUUGAUCCAUUUGAUACAACAUUAACAGCAUGUGCUGAAGAAUGGCAUCAAAAUAUGAAUGCUCGAUUAGUAUAUGAUUUUAUUUUACUUUUUGUCCUAUUCAUUGUACCAUUGACACUUAUGACAUAUUGUUAUAUUCGUAUAAGUUUUUCUCUUUGGUUUAUUGAUUCAAAUGUUCGUAAACCAUUAUCAGCAUCAUCAUCAUCAACAACAACAAAUACAGCCCGUUUUUCAGCCAUAUCUGAAGAUUUUCCUCCAAUUGAUAUUAAUGAAAUUAGACGGCAAACAUCACCAAAAAAUCGACCAUAUUAUAUUCAUUAUCAUAAAGGAUAUGAAAACGAUUCUAAACGGAAACAACAACAACAACAACAAAAAGAAAAUCAAAAUAAAGAUGAAUAUCGUUUAUUAGUUAAUUUAUCCGGAAAAAAAUUAAUAUCAAAUCGACCCGUACGAAGUACAACAACAAAUGAUAUUAAACCAAAAUCAUUUUCUAUAACAACAACAACGAUAACAACAACAGUACCAACAACAAUAGCACGUACAACAUGUCGUCGUUCAUCUUCACUUAUUGGUCGACAUUUUGGAGAAAAUACUUAUACUACUAAUAACCAUUUAAAUCAAUCUCAACAAGCAAGACAAAUAUCAUUACGAAGUCGACAUUCAACAAGUCCACAUACAAGUGGAAUACUUCGUUCAAGUUUUACAUCUUUACAAAGUCAAAAUAGAAUUCUUGGUAGUACAAUUCGAAGAAUAAAUGGCAAUAUUCAUAGCAAUACUAAUACAAAUAAUAAUAAUAAUAAACAUCGGUCAACUGUGGAUGUUGAACAUGCAAGUCGAUUCUUGAAAAGUCGUCGACGUGUUGUUAAAUUAUUAAUUACUUUAGUUAUUGUUUUUUUUAUUACACGACUUCCAUUCAAUAUACUUUCUAUUUAUAUUGACAUAACAUCAAAUACUUAUUUACCUGAUAAUACAUAUACAAAUCGAAGUAAAUCAGACACAAUGGACAAUACAAAUGUUGUUUUUUCAUCAGAUGUAACAAAUACAGAUAAGAAAAUGACACUUGUUCUUUAUGUUAAUCCUAUUUUACAAUUAAUUUCUUUAUCAAAUUCUGUUAUUAAUCCAUUGUGUUAUUGUAUCAUGAGUCAUGCUGUUAAAAAUAUAAUUACACUUAUUCGACAAAAAUUACGAAGACGUGGACAAAAAAAAGCAUCAUUAUUGCCAUUAACACAACGACCUGUUGCACGUAAUCAAUCGAUUCAAAGAAUGAUACAGCAUCGAGGUUCAUUUGACAAUGACAUAUUAGUUCAUUAA